CGAGAGUUGGAAUUGAUUGAAAGAGGAGAAGGCUCGUCUCGUUACCAGAAAAGGUCGUAAUCUCCGACGAUGAGCGAAAACGAAGCAGCCGGCGUUAACGACCAUUCGGUUCCAGAGACUGCAGUCUCUGCCGAUGCGACGGAGCAUAAAGCGAUGGGAGUGGUUGAAUCGGUGGAGGAAGCCGUAGGAGGAGCAGAGAAAUGGGUGGAUGAUUUGCAGCGGACGGUUAAGGAAUCGACGGAUUCAGCGAUACGCUCCGCUCGUUCUCUCCGCGAAAACUCUACCUCUCAGUUCCGAUCCAUACAGGAUUUCAUUCCUCAUGCUUUGACUCAGUAUAAGACCUAUGAGAAUGCUUUCUUCAGUAAAGUUACAGAGGAAUUGAGCAACGCAAAGGAGCAUCCAGCUGCUGCUGCUGGAAUUGGUCUCGCUGCUGGUCUCGUUCUUAUGCGAGGACCAAGAAGAUUCUUGUUUCGUCAUACUCUGGGCCGAUUUCAGAGCGAAGAGGCACAAUUCCUGAGGGCUGAGAAGCAUGUUCAGGAGUUGAACAUGUCUGUAGACUUGAUGAAAAAAGAGAGCAUGAAAUUGCUUGAGAGGUCGGCUUUGGCAGAGAAGGAUAUGAAACGCGGUCUUUCUGAACUUAUGGACUCUGGAAACAAUAUACAUCGUCUUGCUAAGUCUGUCCACAAGGUUGAAUGCGAAGCUGCAGAUUUAAUGGAUGGACUACGGCAAAUUCCUGGGAGGGAAGCUAUCAAGCUUAGAGCCGAAGUGGCUUCCAUGACUUCACUCUUGAGACAGAAGAGGAUUGCGUUGAACAAAAGGAUCAUGAGGAUGUCUGAGCUAGGAGUUUCCGUCUGAUAUACAACACAAAACCACCAAGUCUUGUUUUUUUUUUCCAAGGUAUUUCAAGGAUGUUUCUCGUCAAUAAACAUUUAACUCUGUCUGAAAAACAAAACCAUAGUUUGAGACAGAUAUAUAUCUCAUGCUACUUUUCCUGACAUUUGAGAUUUUAGACCAUGAGCUUAUUGUUGGGAGACAAAAGAAAUGUUUGACAUGAAAGUUUUUAAAAGGGCCAAGGCCAG